AUGGCGCAGGCUUCACCACUGGAGCGGCAAUUGGAGCUAACCCGGGAACCCACGAAUGAAGGCAUUGGCAAAGUGACCGCAUACUCGUUCGCUAAGCAUGGCGUCCACCAACUAGCUCUGGCCGAUAUCAACCUCUCCGCAGCACAGACGGCCGCCCGAGAGAUUCAAUCCAUGGCCAAAACAGUGGGCCAGUUCGGUAGGAUCGAUUUUGCCGUGAAGAAUGCGGGGAUUGGGCGCUCCAUGGAUCUAUCGGCCGAGCAUAACGUGGAAGAAUGGUCCAAGACCCUGGAUGUGGAUAUGACUCUCAGUAGCCGUGCCAAGAUAAGGGUGAUGCUGCGGCAGGAAAAGUUGAAGAACUCUUCGCCAUAUUACCGAGGUGUCAUCAUCAAUUUAGCCUCUAUACACGCCUUGAUCGCAACAUCUCUGUGCGUUCCUGUGGUGACGUACACAGCAUCGAAACACAGAGUCAUCGGCUUUACGUGGGCGGACGCCGUCCUAUAUGCGCCAAACGGAAUCAGAAUCAAUGCCAUGUGCCCUGGAUACGUGGCAACGUCUCUCGUCCAAAGUAUCAUGCAGACUGAUGUGAUCCAGAAAGAAAUCCCAAAAAUACCCGCAAGUAGAAUGGUGGAGAUGGUCGAAAUCGCCGAUCAUAUCACUUUCCUUGCGUCACCGAUGAGCAGCUAUAUAUAUGGGGCGGCGAUGCUAGCGGAUGGGUAA